AUGUUUAUCAAAUAACACUAACAAAAACUGCAAACACGAUCAAUAUCAAAUGCUUCAGGACACUCAAAUGGGAGGAUGUCUAUCAUGCCGUCUAUGCAAAAUAACACUAUCAAUGCAAUUUGGGAUAUCAAUCAAAUAGGAUAGGAAUUGGAUUGUCAUGAUGACCCAAUUUUGAAUGAAGCCUUAGAGUUGAUAACCAAUCGACAAGUCAAUCAAGCGAUUCUCCUUUUAAAUCAAAUGAUAGCAGAUGGAAAGAAAUAUCUAGGCUAGCAAUCAUAGGUUCAAGUAAUCACCAAAGUCACCUUGCUGAUUGUUUCUAGUGCCAUGUCCAUUCUUGAAAACGACCCCGCAUCCGCCUUAUUGCUACUCUUGGGAUGCGAUCAAAUGUUUAAAGGAUUGACUCCCAAACAACAAGGGUAUUUGAGAGUCCAAAUUCUCAACGGAUUGGGGUGCUAUUACAGAAGAGUUGGAUAAAUGGAAAAAGCCUUAAAAGAACUGGAAUGUGCUUUGGCAGUUAUUCGAAAAUAUAACUUAAAAGAGGUUGCAGUUACCCAUCUAAAUUUAUCAGUAGUAUUGUCCUUAGUUGAAGAACAUGAAGGUGCCCUUGAGAAUGCUAAGAAGGCCGUUGCAGAAAGCCACAAAGAAUAUUAAUUUUAUAUAAAGAAUCAUGUAUCAAUGUAGAACUUUAAAUUCCAGCGUUGUGUAAGUGCCCUCGCAAUAUCCUUUUAUAACGUAGGAGUUCAAGAAUAGCAUUUCUAAAAAUACUAAUUCGCACUCCAAGCCUAUGCCUCUGCCUUUAAAGUGGCUGAAGACAACCUCGGCAUUCAUCAUUACUUGACAAUCUAAUUGAAAGCCAUCUAUGAAGAAUUUGCCCGUCAAUUGGCUAUUGCUGAAGCCCAGAAAAUCGCCAUUACAUCUCUCAAUCACAAAUUUCAAAUCAGAGCAAAUGUCACAAGUCAAUACGCCUAAAGUGCCUUAAGAAAUCAAAAUACUGACACCGCCAAAAAAGUAUCUGAUAGGCUAUUUUAAUCAGAAACUAAAAGAUUGGGACACAGUCUCAGACCCCAAUCAGCUAUAAUGACCCAAUCUUAAUCAUCUAAAUUAAAAGCAUUUGAAAUUACAAAAAAAGAAGCUUUCACUAUCAAAAAAUAGAUGUCAGCUACCAAUAGAACCUUAAAUCAAGUAAGUGAAGAGAAUCUAAAGACAGAUACUGAAAUUGCUGAGAAGGCUAAGGCACUAUAAUAAGACAUUGAAAAUCUCAAAAUUUUAGCAUUAAAGGAAUAGGAAGAAUUAAAAUUCAUUUAGGACUAGAAGCAGAGAGAACUAUAAAAAUUAGAAGCCUUUCGCUAUAUGAAUCAAUAAAUUCAAUAACAGAAAUUGCAGAAGAAUACUCCUCAGACUUCUAGAGAGAUCAAAAAGUCAUAGGAAUAAUAAAAAUAAAUAUUUAAUACUGAUCCUUUCAUUUAGGAGCAAUUAGAUGAUAGUGAACCUUAGCCAUUGGUUGCUGUUCAAACAGUAAACAAUAGAGAAUCCAAAACAGAUGAAGAAGAAGAACAUUACCUUACGACUGAGAAAUUCAAUGAAAAAAUUAAAAACGAAAUCAACUAAGACUACGAUAAGAAAAGAUCUUCAAUGACUAGAGAUGAAACAUUGCAAAGUUUCACUAAAAAAUUAGAAUAUGAUUAGGAAUCUUCAAGCAAGAAUAAUUUUGGAUAACAAAACAUAUCUUGCAAAUAAAUUGAUGAUCUCGAGGAAAUUGUAGAAGAUGUUAAUGAAGUCAAUCUACAAUAGAAUUAACAAAUAGUUGAGAAUAAAGUUGAUGAAAUCAUUCAGUAAACUGCCAACAAAUUAAAUGAGGAAUAAAAGCUUUAACAUAUUAUUAUGAUCUAAAAAUAAUGGAGAUCCAGCAAUAUUAAAUUGAAAUCACGUAUUUAAAAAAUAGGAUCUAAAUAUUAAGAAGCAAUUGAUCAUCAUUACAUUAAAAUUAAAGAUUAAAACAAUAAUCUCAUACAUAAUGGAUACUUAUUUGUAGCUUGGAAUUCAUAAGAGCAAACUUAAAUAGAUUUGAUAUUUUACGAUCUAUUCACCUUAAGAAAAUCAAGUAGGAAAAGCAAUGACAUUUCACAGAAAUUAGAUCAUAUUUUCAUUCUAAAUUUAAACUCCUCUUUUCAAGUCAACAAACAAUAAAUUAUUCAACUUCAGGAUGAACUCCAACCUUUUUUUAUCAUAAAUUCUUCUCAACUAUGUCUUUCCUCAAUGGACCCUUAUAUACAAUUUAAAGACAAAUAUAGCGAAUAUUAAAUUCGAUUUGAUUUUAAUUUAUUGAAGUUAGAAUAAGUACUACCUAAAAUAGAAGAAUAGCAAUUAAAUUAUAACACUCCUAUUACAAUAGCAGAUAUACAAUAAUUUAAUUCAGAUUCAAUAGUAGUUUAGAAGGCUGCUCAUACAAACCAAGAUUAAAUGUUUACCAAGGUAGAACCAUUUUAAGAUGUGCCAUUGGUUUAAGAAUAAAUAGAUGAAGAAGAAUACGUCUAAAAUAAUUAAAAUAGUCAGGCUGGAUCAGUAAAGAAGGAAUAAAUUGAAGAAGAAUAACAUUAAAAUAGUGAAGGAGAUGUAGAAAAGGAAAAUUCCAAUGAUGAAAGGAUUAAUCAAACUGGGCAAUUCAAUAAUAAUUUGUUUUCAUCUUAAGGGUUGUUAUCAGAAUUUGAUAAAAUUGAAGAUGAAAAUUAAAAAUAAAAAUAAAGUUAAUAGACUGAAGUAAACUAAAAUUUAGAUUUCACUCUAUAAUUAAAUUAGAUGAGUGCUAAUAAUUCUAUGGUAGGGUCUAACAAUAUUGGUGAGGUAGAUAAUUACAAUUAAUAAUAAUAAGCAGUCUUACAAAAUAAUGUUCCAAAUGGAAAUAAAGAAAAGGUUUCAGCUAAUAAUACAAUCAUAGAGGAAGAUGAGGAUGAUAAAAAAGAACAUGAAGUGAAUGAAAUUCAAUAAAAAGAAGAACGUACAGAUUAAAAUAAUAAACAACUUUUUAAUGCCCCUCAUAAUUUGUAAUCAAAAAAUGAAAUUUCCCACAAUAUUAUCGAAGAUGAUAAGAAAUCAGAUCGAUAAAGUUAAAAAUCUGAAUCUUAAAUGGAAAGCUAGACAUCUAUAGAGUAGAAGCAUUAAACUUAGACUUUGGCUGUGCCAAAUGACGAUAAAAAAAUGUUUGCAAAGUAAGUGAGUUUGCAAUUACCUGAUUUAAUGAAAGAUGAUAAUAGUUAACAUUCAGAUGAUGAAAUAUCUCUAACAAAUAAUUAUACUUUUGAGAAAAUUGGAGUGAUUACUGGUAUUAAUAAAAAUGAUGGUUCACUCUUUCAAAUCAAUAUCUUCAUCAACAAAGAAUAAGAACUAUUCCAAGCCAAGGCUGAAGAUAUUAAAAUGAAAUCUACCUAUUUUAAAGUUGAAAACAUUAAGAAAACCAUUAAAAAGCCUUAAAAAUACUUGAAGGGGUAUAUAGUGAAUUGGCAUAAUGAAAAUGUGUUAAAAGUUUAUACAAAGGCUCACGAGAAGGCAGUAAUUAAACUUCAGAAGAAAUUCAAAUUUGAUCACUAUAGAAGGCAUGUGACAUUUAAGUUAGCUAAAUCAAACAUAGAGGGAAGUCUAUAUGUAGGGUCCAGAAAAUAAGUGAUAUAUUUAGCUAUAGAGACGAAAAGCACUUAAUAAAGAAAUUCUUACACUUUCAAAAAUGAAAAUUAUAGUUAGUUUGUUAAUCGAAUCUCUUUUCGUGUUCUAAAUAACUUAAAAUACUCUGAGGAAAAAGGAAUUUAUUUGCUCCAAGAACCGCAACACAGAAUAUUGGCAUAAAAUUUAUAAUCUAAAAUAUUUAAGUUAUUAAAACCUGAGAAUGCUUUUGAGUUUAUAGGCUAUGGUUUGUUGAAUGGUAUUUAUGACUCAGUGCAUAAAAAAAUUAUCAUUGCUAGUGAUAAUCGCAAGACUCAACCCUCCUAAGUGGAUAUACCUAAAACCAUUUAAGGAGAUUAAUUAAUUUAGUUUGCCUAAAACUUAUUGAAUAGAUCUUUUAUCAUUUAAUCAAACAAUGAAACUUGUGUUGUUUAUUACGAAGAAAAGGAUGAAGACUAAGCAAAGAUUAUUCAAAAUAAGCUAUUCAUGUAUUAGACUAUUAGAAAGAUGAUUAUCAACUAUCAUAGAAUGAGUCAUGGGCAAAUAGAAUAGCAAGCAGUCACAGUUGAAUUGCAACGAAAAUUGAAAAAAUACUUUGGAAUAUCAUGUUAGAACAAGUUUUAUUAGAUUGGGAAAUUAUCGGAGCAACAAAUUAAAAAUCUAAUAACCAAUUUUAGAAGGAUUAUAAGCACAUUUAUUAUAUAUUAGAAUGAUUAAGUUGAAUUAGAUAUUGACUCUAUUAAAGAAUUUGUUGGCGAUGGUCAAUUUACUAAUUUAUUGAGAAUGGAUCUUAAAAGCGUAGUUCAUUAAAUCUGA